AUGCUCGGCCAAUCUCUUCUUGUUCUCGCCUCCGCGGCUCUGGCUCUCUCCUCGCCCGUAGAGCGAGACGUUACCUGCCGUUCUCCCAUGGCCGACCCUCCUCUGCCCACCACCGGCGGCGCCACCGAGCUCCCCCCCGUGCCUGACAACCUCGAGCUCAAGGUCAUCGCCCUCGGCCUCGGAAUCCAAAACUACACCUGCGCCUCCGUCGGCGCCACCGCCGUCUCUACCGGCGCCCUGGCCAUGUUCUACGACAUCAGCCUCCUCUACCCCGAGUCCGGCCCCAACUCGCUCACCAUCGAAAAGUUCAACCAGCUGCCCGCCUUCGCCCUCAACCACCACGCGAUCCCCUUGCACUUCAACGACUCCACCGUCGGCCGAGUCAGCAUCGAGGGCCCCGGCGCCUCGCUCAAGCGUCCCUUCACCCGCGCCGCUCCCCUGGACCUGGGCGAGUUCGGCAGCAUCCCCUUCCUGGGCCACCACUUCUUCAACUCGGACGGCGCGCCUACUUUCAUCCUGCAGCGUGGAAACAUCAACGUCGUCGCCUCCAAGAAGGCUUCCGUCCCGGCUCCCGGCAGUGCCGAUCCCGGCCCAGCUGGCACCGGCGCCGUUGCCUGGCUGGCUCUCGACGGAAACGCAAACUCUCGCGGCUCUACUCUCGUCUACCGUGUCGAGACUGCUGGCGGAAACUCCCACGGCUGCGCUCAGGCUGCUGGCCAGGACAGCACUAGUUACGCUGCUCAGUACUGGUUCUACGGCCCUAAAUAA